AUGGAGCAGAGUUCAAAUCCCUCAGGAGAUGCUCAGACCACCCCGGCGUCUUCCGGGAUCUUCUCCCAGGCGCCCCCGGGCUCUCCCUCCGCUAGCUUGACUCCCGGCGCCCACCCAGCCCCUGGUGUGGGGGACCCCCGUUUCACCCUCCACGUGGCUGUGAGCACGCAGGGUGUGAGGCAGGAGUCGGAGGCGAAGGAGAGCGCCAAGUCAGUCCACUUCACCUUCCUGAUCGGCUGCGUCUUCGUGGCUUUCCUCUUGGGGGCCUUCCUCUCCGGCCUGCUCGUCUCCUGCUAUUGCAGCCACAGCCUGCAGCGCGCCAAGCACCCCGGCAAGGACCCUGAGAAUGGCCUCCAGCGCCCGCUAUCCCUGCGCAGCCUGGCCAAGAUGAACGCCCUGCUGGAAGGCGGCCAGGCCAAGGACGGGCUGAUGGAGACGGCCGCCCCUCAGCUCUAUACCACCCUCCUGCCCAGCGAGAAGGAGCUGCCCAGCGCCCCGGCCAAGCCUGGCGUCCGAGAGCACCCCGAGCUGUCCGCCUUGCCCACCCCGGAGUCCACGCCCGAGCUGCCCGUCAAGAACAUGAAGGCCAUCCGGAACCAGUGGGAGAAAAACCAGAACUUCAACAACGCCAAGGAUGCCCAGGGGAGGCCCUUCCAUGCCCCCGUGCCCAACGCCUUCUCCUUCCCCGGCCCGGGAGGGGUCCCCGGGCCCCUGCACGGCUACGACACCCCGCUGGGGGGCUACCUGGACGAGAAGAAGAUCUCCAACUCGGAGCGGGUGCUGGUGCGUCCCUCCCCGCCGCCCAAAGGCAUGGAGGUCACCACCCUGGAAGAGCUGUUGAAACACCUCCACGGGGCGGGGGCCUCCGUGCCUGCCGCCUUCCCGCCUUCGGCCGUGGCUUUUGCCAACCGGGUGCAGCCGAAGGUGCCCAACCUGGAGGGCGCCCCCUAUUACAACACCUCCACGCUGCCUCGGCGGCUGGACAUCCCUCCGGACGCUCCGCUGCCCUUGGGCCUGGACAAAGGAGGCGGGCGCUCCGUCGCCCACAGACAUUCCCUCUGUGGCGCCCCGAAGCUGGUGAACGUGGGUGGGGGCGGCAGCGGCGGGGGGCUGCUGAUGCGCCAACACAGCCUGGGCCAGGCGGGGAGGCUGCCCCCAGCCCUCCUGACCCGCAUGCACUCCACGGGGAGCUCCGUGCCCCAAGAGGGCCACCACCACGCCAUCUUCCUGGCCAGGCAGCACAGCUACGGCGACCAGGGGCCACUGCCCAGCCACGGGGGUGGCAUCCGGCGGUCCGUCUCGCUGAUCAAGCCGGGCAUGACCACACAGGCUCUCUUCCAGCCUUCCUCUCCGCCCGCCCAGCCCUCCGGCCCUUUCCACUAUUGAGCCCCACGGAAGGAGAAGCAUGCGUGUGUGUGUCUCUCGAACCCAGAGCCGGCCGCUCUGAGAAGGUCCCCUUCGGCCACGUCCACCCGCAGGGAUUAACAACCCGAGUGUGCCUUGUGUAAGGGAAGGUCCCGCGCAGGUGGCACCGGUGGGGCUCGGCUGGACGGACACCUGCUUCCUUCUCUCUUCCCGCGAGAUGCUUCCAGAAGCUUCCUCGGCCUCCGGGGGCCCCAAAGGGCCCCCAAAGUAGCAAAGCUGGCCGUUCCUGCCUACCUCACGGGUGAGGCCUCGAAGGCGGAUGCCUCGGCAGGGCCCACCCUCACCCAUUCCUUAUGCAAGAAAUCUCCACCGAGGAUGCCCGUCCCGGCUCGCUCGCGCCCUUCCAACAGGCACCAAAGGCUGCUUCCCAAGGCUGGCAAAAUGCUUGGGCCCAGAUCCUCCGGGAGAGCAGAGACCCAUUCGAGCAACCAGCCAGGAAUGGGGGGGUCCCUGGGGGCCCCUUCCUCCUCCUCCCCUCCACCACGGCCAACCUGCAAACGGUCAUGGUUCGAUUCCGCCACGUGGCCGAAGGACUCCAAACUCAAGGUUCACAUUUUGCAAAAACUUGAAACGUUCAACGGGUGGAUUUCACCCGGUGGAGCGAAAGGGGAGGGAGGGAACGGGAGGGGUCCCAGGGCAGGUUUCGGGGGGGGGGCUCAUCCUUUUCAAACGGGGGUGGCUGGGUGUGUCCCUGUGUGCAGCCGGCUAGAGAGCGUUGGGCAUUUCCAGAGACCAAACAGGCUGUCCCAAUCGGGAGUGCGAUGCUCAAAGGACUCCGGAUGAUCUGAACUCGGGUCAGGCUGGACCUCCUGCCCCUUUUACGGGGUUAAAGAACCGUGUUUGCUUCGUGGGGAGGGGGUGCGUGCAAAGGUGGCUCCCCCCCACAGCCCGUUUUUGUAGCACUUUUGGUAUUCGUGUGUGUGUUUUUCUCCCAAAAGGGCAGAUCACAGCAGCUCCUGUUGCUUGGAUGGCCUUUUGACAAAUGAGCCUCGGCCGGACUUGAACUCGCAGCCCUUCCCUCCGGGGAGGGAACAACUUCAGGGUCCUCUCUGGGCCCCCAAGCAGCCCCUCCUGGCCGGCGUUCUUCCUUGUAACCAAUUUUGACCUCUCUCUUUUUUUCCCCUAAAGUCUCCCCGCUUCCAUUUGGGGGUCGAGAGACUCCGAUGAAGAUCAAAUUAUAUCUACCUGGGGGGGGCGGGGGGUGUCCCCAAAUUUUCUUCUCAAGUUACCCCACCCCACCCUUCAAUCGGGCAGAAUUUUUGCAUGUGGGCCGGCCUGGUUCAUCCUGCUCACCUACGCCUCGAUUUCUUGGCUGGCUUGAGAUUGGAAGCCCCAGCUUGUCAGACUCAGCCUGCACAAGGAGCUAGCCCACAAAGAGGUUUGUAAACUCAUCUCCAAGACGGUGUCCCCAUGAACAAUGAAAAUGAUGUACCGGUGUUUUCCCACAGGCUCCAAAAUCAGAGAGGAGCUUUUCCAUAGCGGUGGCUUGCAAAACAGAAGGGGAAAAAAAUAUGCCUCCUUAAAAUAAAAUUAAAAUAA